CUUGAGAUGAUUAGCGGCUUAAUCUAAGCAAAUGGAUGUCCGAGAUGUCUUAUCGUUUGCGUCUCCAAGCCCUCAGUUGAAGCGCUCUUUAAAACCUCCUCCUCCACCAUCUCUCCAACUUGAAUCAGAUGCAAAACGACCCAAAGUCAGCGCUGAUCACACAUCUACAUUUUCUGAUACUUCUUCUGAUGUUGGUGAUCUCGAAGAUUUUUCACGUCCGUUCAGUGUAGCAGAUUCAUGGAACGCUGAAACAAGUAAUGAACCUACUACUGUUGGAGCAAAUGAAGUAACCGAAGCAACUGUCCGUCGACUUACUGUACUGCUUGAAAAACGUGCUCUAAGCAAUCAGGAAGCUCGAACUAAGUUCCCUGACCAACCUAAGCGUUUUAUGCAGUCAGAAUUGGAGCUACAAGAAACAUUAGAGGAGAUGCAAGUACUUGCAGCUAAUCCAGAAUUAUAUCCAUUGUUAGCUGAACAACAACGUCCAAUCUCCUUGUUGUUAGGUUUAUUAGCCCAUGAAAAUACAGAUAUUAGUUUAUCAGUAAUUGAUCUCCUACAUGAAUUACUUGAAUCAAAUUGUUUACAAGAAGCUGGUCUAAACAAAGUCAAUCCAUUAUUGGAAGUUUUAUUUUCUGGUCAAUUAAUUCAAUCAAUUAUACAAAAUAUUUCACGUUUAGAUGAAACUAAAAAAGAUGAAGCUGAUGGUGUACAUAAAACACUUGGUAUUAUUGAAAGCCUAUUAGAAAUUCGUCCAGAUAUGAAUGUGACCAUGGCAAAUCAAGGUUUAUUCGCAUGGUUAUUAAGACGUUUACAAAAACGUCCAAUUUAUGAUAAAAAUAAAUUAUAUGUUAGUGAAUUAUUAUCGAUCCUAUUGCAAAUGGAUGAAAUGAAUCGUCGCCAAUUGGGUGAAGUAGAUGGUAUCGACAUAUUGUUACAACAAUUAUCUGUUUAUAAACGACAUGAUCCUACAAGUCAAGAAGAGAUUGAAUUAAUGCUAAAUUUAUUUGAUUGUUUAUGCAGUGCAUUAAUGUUACCAGAGAAUAAAGAUCGAUUUUUAAAAGGUGAAGGUAUACAGUUGAUGAAUUUGAUGUUACGUAUUAUUUCUGCUCUGCUACGUUAUUCACCACCGGAAACAUUUAAAUCACGUGUUUUGGCGAAAUUCGUAGAAAAUGAUCAUGAAAAAGUGGAUCGUCUAAUUGAAUUACAUUUAAAAUAUUUAGAUAUUGUUAAAGCAACUAAUCAUAAAGUUGAAUUAAUGCGUAAGAAUGAGAAAAAAUGGAUUGGUUAUACACGUGAAGAAAUAGAAAUGGAAUUAAUGCUUAAACGUUUAGAAGGUGGACUGUUGCCAUUACAAGUUUUAGAUGUGAUUAUUCUUGAUGUUUGUGUAAAUGGUGCACCGACGAUUUUAGAACGUGUACUACAUCUAUUGAAAAUGCGAUCAAUAUCUGUGAAUUCUGUACUUCAAACAGUUCAAGAAUAUGUCAAUAAUUUAGGUGAUGACUCGACUACUACUACUACUACUACCAGUAGUAGUAGUACAACAUUAUCAGAGAAAACUCGAGUUACAGAUUUGUUAAAGCGUUUUAAAGAAAUGUGUUAACCAGUGAACAACAAUAUUGGGAUAAUCAUACAGUUGUUUCUUUUGUAUUUCCCUCCCCCUCCCUAUUUUUCAUUACAUUUACACAUAUGUUGGAUAUAUAAUUUUGCACUGAUCAUUGAACAAUUGUCAAUGUUGUACAAUCACAAAUAUAUUAUAUA